CACAUCUGUCAGGUCAUGUUUAAGCCGGAGCUGUGUGUCAGCAGUAACACUUCCCAUGCAACUCGGCAGGCGCUGCACACCAGGCUGUAUAAAAGAGCUGCGAGGACUCGGUGGACCUUUAGCUCCGCGGCGCUGACAAGAGGACCUGCCAGAAGACGCAGCUGUACGGAAUAUUCCAGUUUAUGUCAGAUGGAGACCAUGAAGAGUGCGAGGACCAACGAGACAGGGGACAUUGGCAGUGAUCUAUCAGAGCAGGUCAAAGCCGCCACUAAGGACAGCCACGUCCGAGCUGAAAACACACAGCUGAUGCUGAGCUACCAGAAGGGUGACAUCACCCUGCCUCAGUACAAGGUGCUGCUGUGUUCCCUCCACGAGAUCUACAAAGCGCUGGAAGAGGAGCUAGACAGGAAUUCUGCCCAUCCCGCCGUCGCACCGAUAUACUUCCCUCAGGAACUCGCCCGUCUGGAGACCCUCGAGAGGGAUCUGGAGCACUUCCUGGGGUCCGACUGGAGGAAGAAGGUGGUCGUUCCCGGAGCCACGCACAGAUACCAACAGAGACUCCGACGGAUUGGCAAAGAGAGGCCUGAGCUGUUGGUGGCCCAUGCUUACACGCGUUACCUCGGCGACCUUUCGGGAGGUCAAGUGCUGGGGAAAAUCACCCAGAAAUCUCUAGGGCUGAGCAGCAAAGAGGGGCUUUCGUUUUUCUCUUUUCCCGGCGUGAGCAGCGCCAACCGCUUCAAGCAGCUGUACAGGAGCCGGAUGAACAGCAUCGAGCUGACGGAGGAGGAGAGGGCGGCGGUGCUGGAGGAGGCCGUCGCCGCCUUCGAGCUUAACAUCCAGGUUUUUGAUGACUUGCAGAAAAUGUUGAGUGUCACAACCGAGAUGGGGGACGGGUCAAAGGUCAACGUGGGCCAAAAAACGUCUGCGUUCCCAUCUUUACCCAUCAUGCACACCGUGGGAUUGUGUGUGGCUCUCAUCACUAUUGGACUGGGAAUCUACUCCUUGUAGAUUUUGUGUGCACACGCAGUACUUUACCAACCAAUUAAUGCAACUUGUCUAAUCUUUAAAGUAUCAAAUCACAGCUAAAACUAAUUCUCAACUGUGACUAUUAAAACCAUCCUGCACUGUGAAACUCGUUUUACGAUUCCUUUUUAAUAAAAAAAACUUCUCUCUC